AUGUCAGCACGCCCAUUAUCAGCCUUCAGAGACAAUUCUUUAUCGAAUUUAAAGCCUCACCAUCGCAAAAGAAUGUCAAUUCAACUAAUUGAUGAAGAGUUAUCAACCAAACUUAUAACUCCAAUAUUCCCAAUGACAACAAAGCCAAAAUUUUUCGAAACCUUAUCUCUAAAAAGUCUAACAAAAACUCAACACAUUAAAGGCUCGUUUUUUAAGCCUAAAAAUUCCAAGCUAAGCAAGCGAAAAGAUCCAAAGCCCGAUGAAGAAAAAACAAGAUUUAUUGCACAAAUUUCAUACAUACAUAAAAUGGCGUAUUACGUCCGACCCGUCCCUCUUGUGUGAUGGUAACCCGUGUAUAUCCGGGCAUGGUUUUUCAGGAGGAAUGAUAUAGCCCAACAACAUCAGGAGUGCAGAAGGGAUGGGCACAAGCACAGAUCCGCAGAUUUGUGACCUGAUCCUUGGGCAGUUAAUCAUGAAUCCUUUUUUCAGCAGCGCCCUUGCCAAUGGAUGCCCGAAAUAGAGCAGGGUGAUUUCCCUGCUCAAGUUGCUGUUGAUGGCUUUGCCCAGAAUCACGGAAGUCGUUGAAUUUUUCUCAGGGAUGAUCUGCAAAAAGGGGAGGUAGGCUAGACUUAAAAACACGGCGGUGCCUUCGGCUUAAAGAGUCCUAUAAAAGGAUGACACCGACCAGGGUAAGUACAGUUGGCCUUAGAAGGCGAAGGGACUGAGUUGGAAAUGGUGGUGCCCGGCAAGGGUCUGAGGACACAAAAAGGGCAACCUAAUACCGAGAAACCGGGGGUUUCGGCCUGGGCUCAGAGGUACCAGAGGUACAAGUCUACCCAAUUCGCUUGUUCUAACACGCUUCUGGAAGUAGAGAAUUUAAAUACCCAGCCUAUAACAUUAACAUUAAUAUUAUUGCACAAAUUUCAAAAUUUCAAGAAGCUAAAGGAAACUUUGAUGCAUUGACAAAUACGAAGGUAAAUAACCAAAAAAGCAUUGAAGUAAUAAAAAAGAGGAUUGAAAUUAUCAAUAGAGAAAAAGAAGUCUAUAAAUCAAAAAUAAAAGAAUAUGAAAAACUAUAUGAAAGCUUGAAUGAAAUUUUAGCGAAAGGGCUGAUUGAAGAUUUUGAAAAGGAAAGGAUAAUAACAAAAAUAGCUUCAAUUAGAGAAAAACCGAAAAUAGCAGGAAUAGACAAUGCGGAGCUGUGGGAAGUGUAUACAAGAACUGAAAAUCUAUUUAAAUCAAUGUAA